AUGGCCUUCAUCGACGCAUCUCUAGCUCACAAAGAGGACCUCGGACUUGCCUUAGGAAGCGUAACCCCGACCCGACGCCAGGGAGGCGGGGGUACAAAGCAAAGACCCCAUCACAAAUCAGAAUUACCCCCUUGGCUGAUCCAGUUAUCGGUUCCCAACGGCUGCCCGAUUUGUCUGACACACCGGAAACACCCAGGAAGCUUGAUGCCGUGUAAUCGUACAUACGGGAUGCCUCGGGGAGACUUCAACAUUUAUUUUGCCAGCGGCAGACGAGGAUACGUCAGAGCUGAAGAGGCAGUGGGUAUAGUUCUGCUGGUGGUGAUCCUGGCAGCUCUCCUCAUCGCAGGCUGCUGGUACUUCAAGAAGAGGAGUGGCUACAGAAUAAUCAGGAGCCCGAGAUCGGGGUCACCAGGUCUCACAGGAGGCCAGUACUCAGAAGCAGGACCUUCCGCAGAUAACAAGAUGGCUCUCACUGACUUCGGCAGCUUCCGAUCUGCGAUUCCUAAUGCUCCUCCAGCCUAUGAAAAGAUUUCGUCUGGGCCGCUGCCUCCUCCCUAUUCUCCCUAAAAGACAGAAGAUGCAAAGAUUUCAGAAGAAUGGAAAAAACUGAAAAACAAAUUCUAAACUUCACCUGUUAUUUAAUAAUCUGAUGUCGCUGUCCUUGUUUCCUUGUGCUUUGUAGCCAAAUCUACCAAUAGGUGAAACUAUUCUAUCACUCACUUUGUAAAUGUAUUCAUGAGAAUGAACACA